AUGAAGUUGCGCCCAACGUCCGCUCUUUCUGGUAAUGGCUCAGAGCGCUCCACUCUGGUCAACGGCAAUGUGUCGCAAAGUGACAGCCAAGUAACAACCGUGGAGGGGGUCAAACUGUUCGCGGACCACAACAAGGCUUUCUGGCGAUUCUCGGUUAUGGUGCCCUUACGAGCCCAGCAGAUGCGCUGGGAAUAUUUUUUCCCCCGAUUCCACUACUUCAAUCACAAGGAGUCUACCGGCCGCUGGAGUUUCGUUGUCCCAGGCGCAAACCACUCGAUGCGCAUUAUGUUCCAUUCAUGCAAUGGUUUCUCCAUUGGUACGGAUCUUGAUUACUGGCAAGGUCCCCUUUUAUGGAAUGAGGUGCUUCGCCUGCACGAGGAGCGGCCAUUCCACGUCAUGAUCGGAGGCGGCGAUCAAAUCUAUAACGAUAGUGUACGGGUCGAUGGUCCACUAAAGGAGUGGACCGAUAUUUCGAAUCCACAUAAGAGAAGGACGCAUCCGUUCCCAGAAAAGAUGAGGAACGAAUGCGACAGUUAUUACUACGAAAACUACAUCAAAUGGUAUGGGAUGGAGUCGUUCGCAACCGCAAACUCACAAAUUCCUCAAAUUAAUAUCUGGGAUGAUCAUGACAUCAUCGAUGGAUUCGGCUCAUACACUGAUCAUUUCAUGAAAUGCGCCGUGUUCCGUGGUAUUGGAGGCGUUGCUUUUAAAUAUUACUUACUUUUCCAGCACCAUGUGGCUCCACCCGUGUCUACAUUUACUACCGAUUCUCCCGAAACUAUGUCCGCAGUCAACGGAACCUCUGGCCCUGAUCCUAGGCAGCUGGAGCACGCUUAUGUGUAUAAAGAAGUCGUGGAAGACCCGAGCUUCAUCACUGGCAAAUCCCCUGGACCUUACUUGGAAGAGCGUAGUAGAAAUUUAUAUAUGCGCCUUGGACGGCGCAUGGCUUUUGCCGGGGUCGAUGCCCGCACAGAGCACCAGGAGAUUGCGGCAUCCAACGGCGACAUCAAGCAUUUGAUCCUUCUCCUGGGCGUCCCAAUCGCAUACCCCCGCCUCGCCUGGCUAGAAAACCUCAUAAGGUCCCCGCUGAUCGCGCCAAUCCGCUUGCUCAACAAACGGUUCGGCGUCGGCGGCAGCUUCUUCAACAAAUUUGACGGCCAAGUAGACCUCCUCGACGAUCUGGACGAUCACUACACCGCACCACUUAUCACGAAAGCACUCCGUCCGCGUCACCAUUCUCGGCGGCGACGUGCAUCUCGCCGCCAUGGGUCGCUUCUACUCGAGGCCAGAGCUCAAUAUCCCUGCCGACCGCGACUUCCGUUACAUGCCUAA